AAACACGCAAAGACACACACACACACGGAAUUUUUCAGUGUAUUAUUUUAGAUACGAGUAUUUUUGGUUUAAAUAUACCGAGAAAUACUGCAAAUAUAUUUGCGCUCUGCCGGGUUGUAAACAAUUCUUUAAUUUCCGCCAAAUCUUCAAAUAAAUCUUCAUAAACAUAGCAAAAUGUUGUCCUUGCCCGAUCCUGCAGCUGGUGGAAUUCCCGACAAGGCCUGGCAGCCGCAUUUCGUGACGUUGGAGACUAGCAUGGGAGAAAUAACCGUGGAACUCUACUGGAAACAUGCCCCAAACACGUGCCGAAACUUUGCCGAGUUGUCCCGGCGCGGCUACUACAAUAACGUGGUCUUCCACCGAAUCAUCAGGGACUUUAUGAUUCAAGGCGGCGAUCCGACUGGAACGGGUAGAGGUGGAACCUCCAUAUACGGAGCAGAGUUUGGCGACGAACUGCAUGGUGACCUGAAGCACACCGGCGCUGGAAUCCUCUCGAUGGCCAAUUCCGGACCCGACACGAACGGAUCCCAGUUCUUCAUUACUCUGGCGCCGACCCAGUGGCUCGAUGGCAAGCACACGAUAUUUGGAAGGGUGUACACCGGCAUGGAGGUGGUAAAAAGGAUAGGAAUGGUGGAGACUGACAAGAACGACCGACCCGUGGAUCCACUGCGCAUCAUCAAGGCAAAAGUGGAUAAACUGUGAGGGUUUCAUAAAUGCCAUGAAAUGCUCUUCUUGAAUAUAAUUUUUAAACCAAAACAUUAAAAAGAUUUAAAAUUGA